AUGGUUAUUUCAACUCGAGUAUCUAUUCAAUGGCCACCGGCAGAACCAGAAGAACUUACAAGUACAUUGGCUUUCACAACACCAAAUGAUAAUUAUGUAGAUAUAAGAAUUUUCAAAUCAUUUUAUCCAUAUAUUUCUAAAAUCAAUAAAGAUGAAAAAUUUCAUGAAGUUUUCCAAUGGUGUAUUGCUGGUAAAGAAAUUCCAUUGGAUAAUGGACGUAUUAAGUUUGAUAAUGUUAUAUCAUCAGUUGCAUUACAUGAAAGUUUAAUUCUGGGGGAUCCAUUAGUUAUUGAUUCUGAUAUUGGAACAUUUAGUGAAUAUGGAUUAGAUAGAAAAGAAACUGGUGAGAUGAAAAAUGAUAAUGGUGUUGUUUCUCCAUAUAUUGAAAUAUGGAGAUCAUUGGAUCCAUUAAAACAUACACCAAAUAAAGAAGUUAGAGAAGAUGAAGAAAAUAAUGAUGCCAAUAUUCCUAUCUUUGCAUUAGAAUUGAUUAAUGGAUUAGGUAGGUUAGUUAGAAUUGGGAAUUGGAUCCAAGGAGUUAUUCAAGAUAAAGAUACCGUUCACGUAAUCAGAUGUUGGUAUGAUGUGAAUGAACAAAAAUGGGUUAAUUUAAUUGAAUUUGGUGAAUUUGAUAAAUUUCCAAUUGAAUUUGAUGGUAAAGUUGAUGAUAUUAUAACAGUUGAUAAAGAAAGAGAUUGGAAAUGGAAAUGUGUAGAAAAGAGUUAG